CAUUGUUUAGGCUGGGAAGUUGCGUCCUGCUGCUGGCACGGUCGCGAGUUGCCUCACCGAGGUGUUACCCAGGCCCAUUACUCCAACUACUGUGCGAAAGUUUCGAAAUACAACAGAUCCAGCUCCUGGUGCUAAAGUAAUAUUCUACGGCACAGCAGAUGAUCCCGACAUUGCAACUCACUUGACACAUGGCAUAAAGUCACGUUCCUCAUUCAGUGUAGCUUCGUUGAUAAGUCCAAUUCCUAAAACUGUUUUUCAAGAAAAGGUACAAGACAUGAAAGAAUCAAUCUACUAUAGUAGUCGUGAAGAACGUUUGGGUAGAACACAUGAUCAAUCUUCUAUGUUACCUGAGGGCUUGGAUAUAAUUAAUACUACAUUUGGAAAAAAAACCAUCAAAGAUAUACCAGCUGGACUGCUUGUAAAUCCACCAAAAACCUUUGAGGAAGUGGAUAAAGAAGCCAGAGAAGGACAUGAUUUGUAUGUUGUGUCACAUGAGGCUUAUGACGUGGGGGAAGCAGUCAAUAGGAAGUAUAACUCACACUUCAACAAGUCUUUUGUAUAUGGAAUGGAAACCCCUCGCUUUGAAGAUGGGCGAAAUACAGCCAAGACCUUAAAGUGGGCCUUUGAUCUGGAAUCGAAGAGAGCAGCUAACCUUGUAUUGAAACGAAGUGAUGAUUUCAAGGAAAAAUUUCAGCCUCAGCUUGGAAAAGCCCUUGAUCCCAUAGCAGAAACUAUGAAUGUUCCCCCAGGUCAUACAUUUGGAUUGGUAGUCCCUCCAGAUGAAUAUGGACUUUAUGAUCUUCUUCAUGACCGUGUCCCAUGUGAGUUCCUCCGUGGUAAGAACAGAGAAAAAGCUAUCUUGAUUGCAGUUCGGCAAAGUUUGAAGAAAGCUAACUAUGAGAAUUUUGAUGUGUUGCUAAAAGCAUUCAGACAUUAUGAUAAGAAUGGUGAUGGAAUGAUAGACAAGGACAACCUAAGAAAGUCCUGUUUUCAGCUUAAUCUGAAUCUAGAUGAUGAGCUCCUGGAUUCCUUAUUUGACUGCUGUGAUUUGGAUAAAGAUGGUCUGGUUAAUUAUCUGGAGUUUGCAAACUUUCUGAACUGGAAAGACAAAACAGCUAUUAAAGAGUUUGAAGAAAAAAUAAUUGCUAAAGGGAAAAAAUUAGGUGCCUGUCUUGUUCCUGAAGACACACAGAGAAAAGAUGAGCCACAGCCAAAGCAGGAAGAUCUCAUGUUAAACGAACCAGAAAGCUCAGAAAAGACACCAAGAACGCCUACAGAACCAACAGACCGUGUAUUUGCAAGUUAUCAAACAACAUCUUCUCAGUAUAAUGCUGUAGUAGGUGGUAUCCCACUGUCCUGUUAUCCAAUGUGUGGUAUUCCAACUAUUCGUUCAGAUAUUCCUGCUCCUCGAAUUCGUCGCCUCAGUGACACAACUAAUUAUGGUGACCAGGGCACUAGUUUUGCAUUAAUGUUCCCUUCUGUCUUCGGUCAAAAUGGAGUGCAUGAAAGAGAACUUUUAAAAAAGAGACCAAAGGCAGAGAUUGCACAAAUUCUCCACAACAUUGGCAUGGACGUUUCAGGUGAAAAGUUAGAAGAAAUAUGGAAGCAAGUGUGUACAAAACAUGAGAUAAGAGAACUUUGUGAUUGUGAAGAAAGUAUGUGGAAUAUACUGCACAUAAUAACAUGAAUCACAUGCAAAAGCCCAUUGCUGAUUCCAGUCUCUGGGUAUUGCAUUUAUUUAAAUUGACAUAAUUCUGAUGCUGAAUACAAUAAAUAUUUUCAAUAAUGUAUGUUUAUUGGACUGGAAUUCUCUGUGUAUUGUCUUUCUGAAUAGUGGGUUCAUCACGUAUACAUGGAGCAUCAUGUUCAUAGGAACUGAUAUACAUAGUAAUAAAAGAGGAUACAGCAUGUUUGUAAAUUGAAUAUUUAUGUUAUAUUCCAACUUGCAUUUUUUAAUUUAUUUUUUCUCUUAUGAAGAAGACAGUUUUGAAAGUACUAAAGAUAAAUGUUUCAGAUAUUCAAGACCUCUUAAAGAUUACUGUAAUAGAAUGACAUUUUGCCUUACUUCUAAUAUUCCAUAAUUAUUGUCAACAGAGAUCUGGUUGUGGCAAAAUAUUUGACAUGUUUAAAAAUUCAUGUGAGAAAGUGCUUUACAGUAAAAUAGUAAGGAAACUACAUAGCCACUGUGCAGGAUCUAAAGUGUUGUCAUCAAAGAGGCUCCAUAAAACCCAAUGGGUUAAGAAGUGCAAAAAUAAAUGCCCAGUUGUGUGGCAGAGGGCUCAUCUCCUCUAUGCAAGCUUAUGGCUAUUAGCAGUAAUCAGCUUUCACAAACAAGAAAAAAGAAUGAAUAUUUAGAGGUGUUUGUGCUAAAAUCUGCAACUGUGAAUUGGAAUGUUCACUCUUCACCUACAGUACUGAACUUGAUAUAAAACAAAUGGAAAUUGUUCAUUAUUAACAGAGAAAUGUUAUUUCUAGGCUUUCAAAGUAAUAUAAAAGAAAGAUUCUUACCCAGUGUAAUCUUAUCACAUAGGAUUUCAGGAAGGAUAUAACUUUGUCACCUAUUGAUGCUUUAAAUACCUUAGUAAGAUUUGGAGAACGUUACCAGCCAAGUUACUGAGUUCUACAAUGAAAGUAAAGGUUCUCAUACCUUAAAUACUAGAAAUGCACAUGUACUGCCAGUGUACUUAAAAUUUCAUUGUGACCUUUUCCUCACAUGAUUGUUAAGCUUCUUUUUUUGGCCACGUUCUAGGAGCUUGUCAUUUACUAGCUUGUUACGUGAAAUCUGCAAUCUGCAAGCUAGACCCUUUUCUACUUUAUUAUUGUGGCAUUAAUAGUAGCUGUCUUACAUCAAAUAGAUAGAAUUUGCUUUCUGGUAUCACCAGGGAGCAGGUGGUGGAAAUGCUGCUUGAUGAAGACAGUCUCUUUCCUUCUGUGAAUGUUUUUCUGUGUUGCUGUAGCCUUGCCUUCCCAUCCUUCUGGAACUCUCUGUGUGCAGUUGGAAGCAUGCAGGAAGCAGACUGUAACUAUCCCAAGUGGACAAAUGACAGAAAGAUAAAUGUAUAGCUAAUUUCAAUUGAAUUUAUUAUGUCAGGAUUUUACUACCUCCAGUGAAAUUCUUUAAAACUUCUCUUCUGCUCAUAUAAUGUGGGAGGGAAGAAUUCUUUGCCUUUGUUGCAGCAGACUUCCAAAAGCA